UUCAGUUAGUGCAACUCACUCUCUCUUUUUUGCUAUAUAUACUGAUUUUUUAAAGGAUUUUUAGAAUCAGAGAAUGUUUUUUAAGUAAUUUCUUCUAUUAAUGAAAUAAUUUAUAAAAUAUUUAGUGUUUUUUUAGUGAUUCUGAAUAUAAGGAAAAAUGAAACUGUGGCUUGUUGUACUUCACAUAAUUUUAGUUGGUACAAAUCUUUGGGUAACGGCACAUUUUCACGAGGAUGUACAUGAGGACAAUGAAUUUGCCGAAUUCGAAGAUUUUGAAGAGGAAAAAUCACAGCCACCAAUAGAACACGAACCAGAUGAAUUCGUUGAAGCUGAAAAGGAUCAAACUUUUGAGGAGGAUGACGUUAUGGUAGAGGAUGCGGACAGUGAAUUUGAUCAUUUUCAAGAUGAAGAGGAAUUUGAAGGAUUGGACGUUGGUGGUGGGAAUGCGGGUGGAAAACCUGAUGAACCAUCAACAUUAACAAUUACAAAAGUCCCGUUACAUUUGCGAGCAAGAUGGGAUAGUUUUUAUUUAGAAAUUCUAAUGGUCACUGGUUUAGUUGUCUAUUUUAUAAAUUAUAUUGCAGGUAGAUCAAAAAAUUGUCGUAUCGCCGAAUCAUGGUUCAAUGAUCACAAUCAAUUGUUUACGGAUAAUUUUUCUCUCGUUGGCGAUACGGGAAAAUCACAUGAUGAAUCAUCUGACAAUGGCGGUACUGUCGUUAAAGAAAGUGAAUCACAAUAUAGUUUAUAUUGUUCCGGUCGAGUUGGUUGUGAUUCAAUGCUAAUUGAAUUAAAAUUAAUAAAACGACAAGAUUUAGUUGCUGUUUUAGCACAAAUUGUACGACCACAGAAUGAUCAGGCGCAAAUUAGAAUUGAAUUCUCAAAAGAUGAGACUGAUAAUUUUGUCCUUGCUGUUGCUUCCAAAAAAACUGCCAUGCAUUUUACAAAAGAUAUUGCUGACAUUAGUGUUUAUUGUCCUGAGAAAAGACCUGGGGAAAAAUUUAAUUUACCCCUGGGUUUUUAUGUUAUGUCAGAAAUUGCUGAAGCAACAUCGACAGUUUUAGACACAAGGGUUCUUCAAGCAUUCACUAAAUACGCUCAGUAUAUUGAUUAUAUUCAUGUCAGUGAUCAAUUCAGUGGCGCUAAACAACAAGAAGAUUCUAGUCAACUCACCAUGCCGGAAGUGAAACGAGUACUUUUGGUGGGCCUAAAUAUUAGUAUUAAGGGGCGCAUUCAAAGUGCGGAAAUGCAGGAGAGAAUGAGGCCUCUUCUUCACUUAACUUUUCAUUUAUUGGAUAAAUUACGUCGAUUUAAACUCUCUAAGGAGGGAAGAGCGAAGAGUGACAAAAAUAGACAGCGAGUGGAGGAGGCUUUUUUGAAAACGACUCACGCUGCACGAGCUGAAGCAGCAGCGCAACGUCGUGAAGAACGUCGACGACAAGAAAAAGAGAGAAUCCUCCAGGAAGAGGAUCCAGAUAAACAGAGAAAAUGGGAGGAGAAGGAACAAAAGAGACUCGCUAAAAAACGAGCACCAAGAAUGAAACAACUUAAGGUCAAAGCAUUGUGACCCCGUAAUGAUAAUGACGAAUUGAUAAGCGAGGACAAUUUAAAAAGUUAAAAUUGAAUUAUUUAUUCUCGCUGCCAAUUUUAAUUCUCAUUAUAUUUAUAAUUCAAAAAAAAAAAGUCUGAAGUUUGAAGUCCAGUGGUUUAUCCAUAGGUAAUAAAAUAUUUUAAUGAGAUCCAACACAUACACCUUAAUAUCGAUUUUAAAAUUCUUUUUCACUGAAAAAACCAUUUUUAUUCAUUGUCACAAAUUAACGAUUUUUUUUUUUUUUAAUAAAAAUCGAUAAAUAUUUAUAGAUCGUGAUUGUCAUAUUUAUUGUAUAUAAAAAAAAAUUAUCUCAGAGAAAUAUAUAUAUAUUAUAUGUAUUCAGUUGAAA